GGGUUUCAUCCAAAGCUCCUCCACCCUCCAAUUUUUACCUUUUCUUUUUUCUCCCCCAGCAAGCCCGGCGUGACUCUUACUCACUAGUCAACCUUACUACAACCUAGUAGUGUUUAUAAACUCCCUCCCGUGACCUCCCACUGAACCAUUCCCACUUCUCGCAUUUGCUAUCAUCUUCUUUCAGUGGCUAAAAUGUGGUGCUCUAUCUUCUCUUUUCUCUUAUCUGGUUUCCUCUUCACCUCUCCCUUUGUCCGUUGCCGAACUUUGCCACACAGCUCAAAAGUUUCAGUUCUUGAUGUCGCAGCUUCUAUCCAGAAAACCAAGGAUGUUUUCUCUUUUAACCCCCAAAUGAAACCUUUUAGCUUCGACCCUCAAGAACAGAGCCUCUCCUCACCAUCUUCGUCAUCUCCGCUUACUUUGCAGUUACAUUCCAGAACUACCAUUCAACAAACUCAGCAUAAAGACUACAAGUCGCUGACAUUGGCUAGACUCGAGCGCGACUCAGCCCGAGUUAAAUCCCUCACGGCUCGCUUAGAUCUGGCUGUCAACGGUGUCUCAAAGUCGAAUCUUGAACCUCUUGAUAGUGGGUUCGAGUUCCAGGCAGAGGAUUUGCAGGGACCCAUUGUGUCCGGGUCUAGUCAGGGAAGCGGUGAGUACUUCUCCCGAGUUGGAAUCGGUAAACCACCCAAGUCCGUGUAUAUGGUGCUCGAUACAGGCAGUGAUAUCAACUGGGUGCAAUGCGAACCCUGCGCCGACUGCUACCAGCAAGCCGACCCAAUCUUCGAGCCGUCUGCAUCGGCCUCUUACUCUCCUCUCUCAUGCGAAACCGAACAAUGCAAGGCACUCGACAUGUACGAGUGUCGCAAUGAGACAUGUCUCUACGAGGUGUCCUAUGGCGAUGGUUCAUACACAGUCGGGGACUUCGUCACCGAGACAAUCACACUCGGCUCGGCUUCGAUCAAUAAUAUAGCCCUUGGCUGCGGUCACAACAACGAGGGCUUGUUUAUUGGCGCGGCUGGCCUGCUCGGCCUUGGUGGUGGCUCGUUGUCGUUUCCUUCCCAGCUCAACAGCACUAGUUUCUCUUACUGCCUCGUGGACCGUGAUUCUGACUCCGCCUCGACCAUUGAGUUCAACUCACCUAUAUCUCCCGACGCCGUUACCGCUCCGUUACUACGCAACCACGAGCUGGACACUUUUUACUACCUCGGUCUAACCGGGAUCAGUGUGGGCGGCCGGUUACUCCCGAUUCCGCAGUCAUCCUUCGAAAUGGACGAGUCAGGAAACGGCGGAAUCAUCGUGGACUCUGGCACCGCCGUAACUCGGCUACAAACUGAAACUUACAACUCGCUUCGUGACGCCUUCGCCAGGGGAACGCAUGAUUUGCCGUCAGCAAGCAGCGUGGCUUUGUUUGACACAUGCUUUGAUUUAUCGUCGAGGAGUAGCGUAGAGGUUCCAACGGUUUCAUUUCACUUUCCGGAUGGGAAAGCUUUACCGUUACCGGCGAAGAAUUUCCUGAUUCCGGUUGACUCCGAUGGUACGUUUUGCUUCGCCUUCGCGCCCACAUCGUCAUCGUUAUCAAUCAUCGGAAACGUGCAGCAGCAGGGGACACGUGUCGGUUUCGAUAUCAGUAACUCUCUCGUUGGGUUCUCGCCCAAUAAAUGCUAGGAGUUUAUUUUAACAGCAACGGAAACAGACAGGUUAUGUUUUGACUUAUUUAUCUGCGUAGCCGUUUAGGUUAUUAUAUUAGCGGUUUUACCACGCGGUAAAAAAAGAAAAGAAGAUUUUGUUUGUUAUGGUCGUUUAAACCCGUUUGGGGUAAGUGAAAGGGUGUGGGUCCCCGUCCAGUAGAAGUAAGUGGCAUGUGGUGGGACCACUCGGCAAGCGAUCGUUGAUGCGAUGUAAUGGCAUGUAUAGUAAAUUUGUGGAACGUAUGGGGUUAAUAUUUAGCGGAGCACGGGGAUUAAUAUGACCGUUGCGCUGUAGAUGCUGUUAUUGAAAAUUUGAAAGAAGAAUCUUGUGGUUUGGCCAAAUUGGCAGUA